AUGACUGUCCAUGUACCAUAUAGUGCAUGGAGUGAACAAUGUAGAGCACUACUUGAAGUCCAUUCCAAACUAGAUGCUCUUUGUGUUUGUGAUCACGGAAGUCGUGUACUAGGAAGUGCAUUCAAAAUUCCUGAAUUUGCUAGUAUUACUAAUUUGAGUACAAAUCAAGUUCGUGCUAUACGUCUUGUUAUGGCAAAAAUUGGUUCACAAAAACCAAAUAUUGAUUUUUUAAAUGAUCGUUUUGUGGUAGUUGAUGCAAAUAGUGAAAUGUUAUCAGCUAAAUCUGGUAAAAAAAGUUUAUUUGUUGAAUUAACUAAAACAUUAUGUGUAUUUGGUUUGUCAAUGGACACAGAGACUGAAAAUAAACAUGCAGUUGCACAUGAAGCAAUGCGUGACAUUCAAAAGUACUAUGAAGAUGCAGAAUUUUAG